UCGGUUCGUUGUUUGUCAGGUGUGCCUGUGCACCCCUAUGAAAGGGUCUGCAGUGGUACAUUCCAAAAGCGGACUGGUCUCUAUGGAGUUGUUGCUGAGGAGGAUUUUGAGUUACAGGAACGAACUGGAGAGCUCGCUGGGCGACAUGGAGAGAAGAAUGUCUGCACGUUACUUUAGGAAUAACCCUUACUCGGGCGGGAACACAACAGUUGCUCUUCUUCUUCUUACCGCAUCAGGUGUGCUGGGAAACCAGGUCCUGGUUCCACCGCGGAUCAGUGCGGUUCUGGGGAAGAACGUGACCCUGGGGUGCCGUGUGGAGGUAGACAGCAACCUGAGCCUUACCCAGAGUUCCUGGGAGCGGCGCCUGCCGUCGGGCUCGGUCACGUUGGCCGUGUACAACCCCGUGCACGGCAUCUCCGUCCCGCCGGAAUACCAGCGGCGCCUCUCGUUCCGCUCGCCCUCGUCACAUGACGCCACCAUCGUGCUGGAGGACGUGGGCUUUGCCGACAUCGGCAUCUACACCUGCAAGGUCGCGACCUUCCCCCUGGGGAACACCCAGGCCUCCACUACUGUCAGCGUGAUGGUGGAGCCGAAGGUGUACGUGUCUGCCGGCUCGGUGGCGCUGGUCGACGGGGGCAACGAGACAACAGUGGCGACGUGCAUCGCUGAGCGGGCGCGGCCACCCGCGGAUGUUUCCUGGGAGACGGAUCUGCACGGCGCGUCUGAGGCUCACCUUCAGGACGAGGCCAACGGCACCACCACCACGCAGGUGCAGUACAUGUGGCACCCCGCACGCCACGGCCAGGGGCACACCCUCACCUGCGUGGUGCGCCACCCCGCCCUGCAGGCCGACUUCAGGGUGCCCUACCUGGUCAGCGUGCUCUUUGCCCCGGACAUUGUGGUUCUGGGGUAUGAUGGAGACUGGUUUGUGGGGAGAGAAAAUCUUCAGCUGACCUGCCAAGCCAAAGCCAACCCUUCAGCCCACCACUUCAGAUGGGUCAGGCUGGAUGGUGAAAUGCCUGAGGGGGUGGUGAUGGCGAACGACUCGCUGGUGUUCGGGCGACCCCUGCAGCGCAACGACUCCGGCGUGUAUCGCUGCGAGGUGGGGAACGACAUCGGGUUCCGCAGCCGAGACAUCCGCAUCCGCGUCCACGACCCCCCCACCACCACCAUGUUCCCCACCAUCUAUGUCCCCGUCCUAAAGUCCAGCUCCAACACCACCACUCCCAACAACAAUAAGCAGGGCGCUAUCUUCACCUCUCCGACGCUGGCGCCCCUGCCCGAGGGCAACCUGGGCACCAUCUUGGGGGGUGCGGUGGGUGGCGCCCUCUUCCUGCUGCUGCUCCUGGUGCUGGGCGUGGUGUAUUACCAGAGACAGCGCGGCACCUUCCGUGGGAACUACUACACCAAGCAGUACCUGGGGCCCUCCGACAUGCAGAAGGCCCCGCCGCCCGCCCACGAGCUGCACCAGGUGUACGGGGCGGUGGCGGGCAACGGGGGCUUGGAGAUGAGGCCGUCCAGGGACGCCCACGGCGGAGGCGACGGCAGUGGUUUUGUUUACCGGGACAAGGACCGGGAGGAGUGGGGCGACUGUGAUCGGGAGCGCGCCCCCAAUGGCCGAAGCAGGGCGCUGAGGGAGGAGUUGACUGGGAGUCGCCAAGACUACCACGAUCACCACGACUACCAGAACCAUUAUAAUCACCAUAAUCAGCAGCACCACCACCCGAGCCACUAUCAGAGCUACCAUGAUGACCAGCGUGGCAACCAUCAGCCAGGACCUCGUAGGUGCCCUCCGCCGCAUGUGGUGAACAAUGGCUCCCCUUAUUUCCCCGAAGAGGUCUACGACAACGAGUACGUGUCGCACACGGAUGGCUCCAUGAUCUCUCGCAGGGAGUGGUAUGUCUGACUGCAUCAGAGGAGCCAGACAGCCGUUGCCAACCUGUUCCCGGACAUGGAAGCCAUCUUGUGGAGGGAGGCUAUUGCACUUAUUUAUUUCUUUAGGUCUGCCUUCACUAAGACGAGACAUUUAGGCACUGACGUAUGUAUGUGUGUCCUUCACUCCGCUCUUCAAGGGAUGUAAAGAACCCGUAAGACAAGCAUGUGCAGAUGUAUUGUUUAGACUAGAAGCACCAGUUGAUGGUGGUCUGAAGCUAUUAGCGGGUAGAAUGUGUGUGUGUGUGUGUUUUCUUUUCUUGGUUACCUGCACAGAAGAUGUUUUGUGUGUUUUUGUUUCAUUUUCUUUCUUUGUGCUCGUAGACUCUCAGAAGGGUUUUUUUUUUUUUUUAGUCCACAGAUUCUCUGUAUGUGGGCCUUCGCUCUCCUCAUCGGGAGAGGCAUUCCGAGCCUAACUCGCCUAAGCCUUUCAUACCGGCCACAGAACAGUUUUCAUUAUCACGUGAAAAGACCUCGCCUGAGAGUAAGAAUGGGUGAGUGUUCCCGUAAGCACCUUACUAUGUGCUUUGUGAGCUCCCACCAAUGGCUCAACGCCAGCCCGGUCGUUUUAAAGAAGAGCCUUGCCAUUAUUUCCCUCCUCGGUUUCCAUGAAGACGGCCUUUGGACGCUCGGUCUUCAGUGUGUGCACCGGGCUAAGAAAGAGAUGCAAUGUUGAUUGCUUUAGGUUUUUUUUUGUUUGUUUGUGGUGUUGUUAGGUGGGGGGGUUCAAGGCUGUUAAAAACUAACAAAUCAUUUUCAUUAUAGACAUUCCCCUUACGUUUCCUAAACAAAGAGAAUCUGCGGAGCCCUCCUACACUUGAUAUAUGAAUACAUAAACUGUGUUGAUUUGUCAGUCAACUCUUGUAUGCAAAUUGUUGUGUUAUCUUUGCACUCUGUGGUGUGGGACAGAAGUAGUUUACAUUAUUAGUCUGCACUCUGUGCUCUCUCUCACAGCCAGACUUACUCUCCUCCUGCGAGAUCUGGGAACUGUGUGCUCGAGUUUACCGCCACGUUUUAGUUGUGCCUUUUGUCUUGCGUUUAUAUACGUGUCAGAAUGAACUUUUACGUUUGUCUCCGGUGUGUCUUUCUGUGUGUGGGCGUAUGUCUUUAUGUGUUUAUAUACGUGGGUGUGUGUGUGGGCAUGCAGGCUAGUGUCCUUGUCAUCGGUGCUAACCUCUUGACAGUAUUAUGGUGUCAAAUGUGUAUGGGUAACUAGCCAGUGCAAUAACAUGAUUUCUUAGCCAAAUUAUGUCUCGCAGAAGUCAUUUCUGAGAUUUUGUUUUCCAAGCUGUCUGUGCUCUGUCAUGCCUGGCUGAGAGUUUGAAGACUUAAAUCCUUGUGAAUCAUCUGAUUGUGAAUCUUCACUGGGACACAGAGUGCCUUUCCCCCUUGCUAAUGUAGGCCAUCGUGAUGUUUCAUCGUGAAACUUGACAUGGGAGUGUGUGCGGUCUCCAGGAGAAGAACACUCAUAGGUGGCCGUCCCAGGUCCCAGCUCCUCCUGAUUUACCUUUUCUGCCACCAGGUGUCUGUCUGUAGUCUGACUGUCUGAUGUCUUUGGUCCAGAUUUUAUUCUGGAAAUGAUUACAGCUUAUUUUUUCGUUUGCUUGACAUUUAGCAUGACAUUUGUGACACAGGAGUUACAAAACAAACACAAACUAACUAAGUGAAACUGUAAUAAUAAAACCGUCUAACUGCCAGAGGAGUACAGCUAUGGGACUGGAGCGCGGACUUAAACAGGCGUUAUGUGUGUGUAUAUAUAGGCUGGCUGUAAGCAGUGAUCACCUUAUAUUUUCCUUUCUUUUUUCUUUUGGUUGUUUUUCUAAAAGAAGAACGCCUCAGAGUUGAUGUGAAGCAUGGUAGAUCCACCUCACCUGAAUGUAUAGCAGAGGUGUGUUUCUCUGUCACCUCCUGGAACUUAAUCAUCACCACCGCCGCCGCAGCAGCUGACCACACUUGUGUUGUGUGAGAGAGCGCCUCUGUCAGAACAGAGAAAUUGCAGGAAAGAAUGACGCUGUUUGAAUGGUGAACAUUUGUUUAAAAAGAAAAAUCAAGUAACUUUUGUUUGAAUAAAGCACCUUUUGUGAA